AUGUUUAGUGUUGUUGCAAGAAUUUUUAAGAUUGCUUUAGCGAAAGAUGAUGAUGUUUUUAAGGAUUCUGUUGUUUCUAUUGAUUCCGAGAUCUCAAGGAUGAAAGAAACAAUACCAAAGGUUGUUGAAUACUUCCAGAACAUUAAUUUAGGUGGUUCUGAUUCGAGACAAGUUCCUUUCCCUGAAAUGGUUUCGAUUAUUGAUGUUGCAAGUGAAACAUUAGUUUGUCCAGGAGAACUAAAAGCUCCUGAUUCUGUAACAGACUCUGUUCAUUGUUUCAAAUCUGAUCAACAAUAUUAUGUUGCUACUGCUUUGAUAUUGAAAUAUUAUAGUAUGAUGCAAAAAGGAGUUUGGCCAAGUCCGAAAGACAAAGAUUUACAAGAUUUGUGGCAAAUUGGACCAAUAGAAUUAUUCCAAACAUUCUUUGCUAAAGCAAUGGCUAUAAUUGUUCCAACAAUUAUUAGUGGUAUAGAGAACCAAAACAAGAGACAAAUAAUGUAUACAAGUAUCUUCUUAGUUUUAACUUUGUUGUUAACUAUUGUUAUAAUUUUAAUUGUCAAAAAAGAAGACAUUCUUUUGAAGUUUUGUUUGAAAUUGUUGUUGAGAUGUCCUCCACAAUCUUUGUUGAAUAAUGCAAGAGUCAUGGAUUUGUUGGGUGGAAAUUAUAAUUUCACUUCUGAAGAUGUUUCAGACAAACAUGUUUGGUUUUCAAAUGAAGUCGUCAGUCGUUUGAACGAUGUAAUAAUUGUUUGUCAAGAAGAAACAAGCAAAAUUAUUACUGUUAACACUGCUUUUGAAGAAAUGUUUGAUAUAAAACAAAGUGAAAUAGAGAACAAACAAUUCAAGGAAUUCUUCACAGAAGAAAGAUUUAUGUCUGAAGAUAAACUUGAUAAAGUAUUUUCGCAGCCAAUAACUGUUGUUUUCACUGAUAAAAACAAAAACAAAGUUUAUCUUGAGUUCACUUCAUCUUGUGUAAGUGGUCGAAGGAUUUUCUCAGGAUCUAAUCAGACACAAAACGUUAUGCAUGAAAAAUUAAUUGCUGAUGAAAAGAAGAAGUCGGAUUCUAUGUUGGCAAGUAUUUUACCACCAGUGUUAGUUCCAAGAGUUCAAGCCGGAGAAAAGAAUAUUUCUUUUGCUGUUAAAUCUGUCACUGUUUUAUUCUUAGAUGUUGUUGAAUUUACUCCAUGGUGUGGCUCUCAUGAUGCACAGUAUGUCAUGAGAAUGUUAAAUAUCAUGUUCAAAGAAUUCGAUGCAAUUACAAAUGCUCAUAAAACAAUGACAAAAAUUAAAUGCAUCGGUGAUUGUUACAUGGCUGCUGGAGGUAUCUUUGAUGAGAUCAAUCAACCAGCUGUUCACGCAAAAGAAGUUGUUGAUUUCGGAUGUUUAGUCAUCAAGAAAUUGCUGGAAAUCGAUGAAAGUGAAAAUGAAUCAUUGAGAAUCAGAGUUGGAAUAAACACAGGAGGCUCAAUUGUUGCUGGUGUCAUAGGAACAGAGAAACCAACAUUCGAAAUUCUUGGCCCUGCAAUUAACAUUGCACAUGAAAUGGAACAUCACGUUGUUCCAAUGAAAGUCCACAUUUCUAGGCCUGUUUACGAAUUGAUUUACGGUCAGAGCUUCGAUAUCAAAGAAAGAGGUGAAAUCGACGUAAAAGGCGGAAAGAUGUUCACUUAUCUCGUUGAGCCUUAA